CACGGGUACUCCAACACAACACUUGCCGUUUCAGCCUUCUUGGCAGUCCCAUGGUGCUCAGGAGGCCCAGUCGGGCAGACCGAAGUGUCGCAGGUCUGAUACCUGCGCAGGUCUCGGAGUCGUGGACGCCUCUGCGGCGGCGCUUGCAGAAACCGGUGCAGAAAGGCCAAUGGCCAGGGCUUUCGGCGUGCGUCUUCGUCUCUCAGCGCCUGCGCUUGCUGGAGGAAGUGGGUUACGCCGACGUCGAGGCGAAGAUCCCCAUGACGCGGAAGACCUUGAUGAGGAUCUACUCCAUGACGAAGUGCGUGGUGGCCGCCGCAGUGAUGCAACUCCUCGAGGCAGGGCAGCUGAAGCUGGACGAUGAGCUAGCAGAACACCUGCCGAGCUUCCGGAACGUCAAGGUGGUGGCUGAGCGAGAUGACGGCAUGCCAGAUUUCGACCGGCUCCUGCCAAGUCGUCGGCCGAUCCUGAUCCGCCACCUGCUCACGCACACCUCGGGCAUUUCGUGUGGAUUGGCCCCCACACUUGAUGGCCCGCGCCAGAGGACAGCUCGAGAGCGUGCAUGGGCAGGGAUCUACAUGCCCCUGGUGAGACGUGUGGACCAGGGCGAAAUCAAAGACCUGGCACAGUGGGUUCACGAACUGGCACAGUUGCCCCUGGUCAGCCAUCCAGGAACCCACUACGGCUAUGGCUACAGCUACGACAUCCUUGGACACAUCAUCGAGCUGAAGUCAGGUCAAAAGCUGGAAAGCUAUUUGGAGGCGCAUAUUUUCAAGCCCUUGGGCAUGCGUGACACCAGCUUCCAGCUUGCUUCAAGUCCCAGACGUUUGAGCGUUCUUUACAGGUACACCAAGUCAAAGCAAUGGGGAAGCGACGGGCGGCACUUCCGGCUCGUUCGAGUAGAUCCAAAGAAAGGUGCUCGCAGUCGCUGGGCCAAAUGCUUGGUGCCAUCGGCGGGUGGAGGCCUUUCAAGUUUAGAAGGUGGCUUGCUUAGCACUAUGGAUGACUACGCCAAGUUUCUCUUGGCAGUGACAUCUGGGGGCGAACACUGUGGGGUGCGGAUCUUGAGCGUGCAGAGUGCAGAGCUGAUGAUGAGUGACCUCAGCAGUUUGCUCGGAAGCCGUGUCCCUAGCAGUGCUCGUCCCUACGACGACGCUGGGCUAGGCCUCAGCGGAAUUGGGGAAUUACAGCGUCAAAAAGCACCAAGCUGGGGUGGCUGGUUCGACGGUGUACCUGGCGUGCGGCAGUGGGGGGGUGCUGCAAGCUGUGCGUUCAAAUUUGAUCCAAACAAAGGACAACCCAUCCUGGUGAUGGUCAUGACCCAGGCAUUGCCUCAAGAUGAUGGAACAACCAUCACGACUCUCUUGAAGGAUGUGCGAGAGGUGCUCCGCUUGUGAAGGCCAGGUGGUCCGCUCAGCUGCUGAGUGAUAGGGAGUUGGGACACUGCAAUAGCACAAAAACGAAAACAGUAGCCAAAACAACGGGGACUCGCAAACUCUGAGUUAGGUGAAGGGGCCUUUCAACAGAAAAAUAGAUGCCAUCAUCAAUCACGAGCUGAGAUGCACAUGCAAGAAACAAGGUUGGAAAUUUGAUCCAUAUGUUCGAGGAAAUGAUGAUGAGAAAAUUGAUUGUAGAAUUCUUCAAAUCCCACAGAUUCAGGUCAUUCGGGGACAUUCUCUUGAAUGAUUUCAACUCUGUUAAACAUGUUAA